CUUCGAAAUUCGACCCGCAAGAUUGAGAUGUUACAUUCACAAAUUUACAUUCUCAACAAUCUACGACUAAAAAUCUUUACACUGAUACACUCAAUUUGGCGCGUACAUCUUUUCCGCUCCGUCAAUCUGGUCCUAUAUCUGAUGAAGCUCAAUUACGUGAAAGAACAACACGACUUUGGGAUUGGCAAUCUGAUCGACCAGUUUGGACACUUCACGAUGGAGCCCCUUAUGCGAAUGGACCGCUUCACAUGGGUCAUACUCCGAACAAGAUUCUCAAAGAUAUCAUUAAUCAAGUCAAACUCCUCAGUGGUUACCGUAUCAAUUAUGUGCCUGGCUUCGAUUGUCACGAUGUACCAAUGGAGCUCAGAGCCGUCGAAGCCUUACAAGAAUCAUCUGAAAUCAAUCACUCAAAUCCAAUCACCAUCAGAUCCUUAGCAAGACAGGCAGCUGAGACUGGAGUACAAUUACAAACGAAGGAAUUCGAAAGAUUAUCAAUUUUGACUGUUUGUUCAAAGGCUUGGCGGACUAUGGAUCCGAAAUAUGAGAUUCAGCAAAUUCGGUUAUUCGCCAAGAUGUUUAAAAUGAUUACAUUUAUCGCUCCUGCAAACCGGUUUAUUUUCAACCUUCCUCCUAGUGGUCUGGACCACAACGCCUUGGACACUAGUUGCGAAUCAAGCAGUUGCACUCGGUUCGGAUGAUCAGUACUCUAUGGUC